CAGAUUCAGCUAUGUCUAAGAAAGGGAAAAAAGCCAAGGUGCCGCUGUCGGAUGAGGAGCAGCUGCUUCUGUUUCAGCAGAAGUUGCUGGCAGAGGAGGAGAUGUCCAAGAGGAAAGAGAGGCUCCUGAACCAGUUCUUGAAGGACAAGCUGGCCAAGGAGGAGCACAAUAGUGCUCUGAACCUUAAUAAGAUUAAUACACAGUGGAGAACGGUCCUUCGGGAAGUCAAGACCAGAGAGCUUCAUAAGGACAUUGAGAUCCUCAGCCAAACAUUUGAACGAGUGGUGGACUGCAAGGACAGUGUCAUCAAGUCUUUAGCAAAGGACCUGUCGGAAGCUGAGGAGCAGUAUGCCCACGCCCUGCGCAGCCACUUGCAUAGCAUCGACCAGCUCUUGGCCCUGCAGAGAUGCCGGCUCAACCUCCUAGAGGAAAAUUACAACAUGGAGCUGGAGGCCCUAACCAAGGAGUUUGAGACUGAAAGGAAAACAAUUAUUGAUCAACAUGAAAAAGAGAUUCACUACCUACAAGAUGUUUUCAUGGCCAUGGAGCAGAAUUACAUAGAUUCUGAAUAUGAAAGCAAGCUGGAGUUCCAGAGCAUGUGGGACGAUCUGAAAAACAAGAAUUUAGAAGAGAAGCACUUUCUAAGACUGCAACUGGAGAACAUAGUAGAAGAUCUGUGGAGAAGGUUCCAGGAUGCACUCAAGAAUUACACUGAUGCCACAGAGGAUCGAAAGAUUGCCUUCGAGACUCUCAAGGUGAAGGACGAGAAAAGCUCCAAAGAGAUUGAAGUACAGAUGAAAAAAAUACAGAAACUACAGGAUGCCAUCAUCAUUUUAAAAGGCAAGAUCCUGGUGCACAGCCGAGAGAGUGAAGAACAGAAUCAGGACAUUCGUGAAGACAAGGAGUUGGUCCUGGUACAACUGCGGAAACUUAAGGCCCAGAGGACUCAAGCCCGGGGAAUAGCGCAGGAGAACUUAGUCAAACUCACCCUGGAAAGCAAUGCUACCCUCAAGGCCCUGAGGGAGAUUGUCGACAAGGGUGAAAAGAUUCUUAAACUUGCUGAAAUAUGUAGGAAAUUUGAAACAGAAGAAGAAAAGGUGCUGCCUUUUUAUUCAUCGGCAUUGACUCCCGCAGAGCAGGAAGAGAUAGAGACAAUGGACCCAGAGUUUAAGGAAGAACUUGGAAAGGUGAUAAUGGACUACAAAGGGAUGGAGAAUUUCUGGAAAAGGUACAACAAAGUGAAACUGGAGCAACUGAGCCUUCGGCACAGACGUGUUCAGUUGUUGGAAAUCAAUGAGAAGCUGCGGGAGAUGCUUAGGCAGUACUUGGAUGGCAUCUCCGUGAGUGAUGAAGUGCUGAGCCAGCUCAACCCACUCUUCAUUGUCAAUCACCGCAGCAACUUACCCCAGCUCUUGCCUGCGCCCACAGCCCAGCCAGGUGACAAAAAACCUCCAGCCACUUACACCAUCAUUGAAGCAGCCCAUGUGGUCUCCCACACCCUGUGAUACAAGGGGAAAACCUCUUUUCAAUUCCCAGAGAAUGUUUUGAGGAACCCAAGGACUUUGCUAUUAAAAAUUACCAUGGAGU